AUGCAACGGAAACUCAAUGCGAAUCAAAUCAGGACACAACUUUUCUCUAAAUCUCUUCCAGUUUCAUGCGCAGUUCCGGAAGUUGUCCCUUUUCAUAUCGCCAUGCAGAAGUUGGAAGCACUUCUGUGUUGCAUUCGCCGAACUCGUAAAUUUGGAUCGCACUUUCAUCUGUGCGUCAAACGGAGCUUCCACUUUUCUCAGAGAGCUCGUUCGGUUGCUAACUACUUCGAGGAGCUGAAAAUACGUGGUCUUGUCCGCUCUUCGUAUCCCUCCAAUCUUGACACCGCGUUUGCCAACGAUUUACGGUCACUCCCACCCGUAGUGUACGCUGGAUUUGACCCAACUGCGAAAAGUCUUCACAUUGGAAAUUUGCUUGUGGUUGUCAAUUUGCUGAGAAGUGCCCAGUUUGGCUUGCGGCCGAUUGCUAUCGUUGGGGGCGCGACUGCAGCUAUCGGUGAUCCUAGUGGGAGGACUGCUGAACGUGAUGUUCAAGAUAAGGAAACCAUCGCUGAAAAUAGCACAUCCAUUACUGCUCAAGUGAAGAAAAUAGCAAAAAAUGUGCUGACUGAAGAGCUCACUGUUCUCGAUAAUAACGAAUGGUUCGGUAAGAUGUCUAUGGUAGACUAUCUGAGAAAGUGCAAACAGUUUCGUAUUGGCGAAAUGCUACGGAUGGGACCCGUGAAGACUCGUCUUGCAGACGAAGGUGGUGGAAUGUCAUUUACAGAGUUCAGCUAUCAAACAAUGCAGGCGUACGACUGGAGUGUGCUGUUAGACAAGUUUGACUGCAGAUUUCAAAUAGGUGGUUCUGAUCAACUUGGUCAUCUAGAUCUAGGUGCACAUCAUAUCAAACGGACAUCCGGAGGAAAAUUUGUAGCAGGUGUAUGUUUACCAUUGAUCACUGAUAAUGCUGGAAACAAGCUAGGAAAAUCCGUUGGUAGUGGAGUUUGGCUUUCUCCCAGUCUUACAUCACCAUUUCACUUCUACCAGUUUUUUCGUCAGCUUCAUGAUCCCGAAGCGGAGAUCAUGUACAAGCAAUUCAGUUUACGGCCGGUGGAGGAAGUUAUGGCCAAAAUUAAAGAACAUCGAGCUAAUCUCGGUAAAUGGUUGGCUCAAGAUGCCUUGGCAGAAGAGUUGACCCAAAUAGUACAUGGAAACGAGGGACUUGAAAACGCGCAACGGUGUUCCAGAGCCGUAUUUCAAGGAUCUAUGGAAGAUAUCAACAAGCUGAGUAAGGAAGAGCUGGUCAGUCUGUUUGGUAUCACCAUAAAAUUGGCUAAAGAUGAAAUCAAAACGAUGGGAGAGCUAGCGGAUCGCACCAGAAAUGAUAAAGUGAAGGGAUCUCUCCUUAUGACCAAAGGCGCCUUCAAGGUUAACGGAACAAAGGUUACUGACAAUACUCAGAAGUUGCAGUUUGAUCGAAUCUGUCUUCCACAAGGCCAAAGCGCCCGCUAUAUGAGUGCUGCCCGUGCCCAUUCAAAGCUACAGCUUCUUGUUCUCGAAACAUACCGUGAUUAUCUACGAGUCGUCAAACCCUUCCAUCCUUCCGUUCGCGAACAAGUCCGGCGUGAAUUUCGUGAGGCUGCAAAACGGUUUCAACCAUCUGAAAGCACCAGGAACGAAAUGGCGGAUCAUAAGAUCUUGCCUGUCUUUGCCUUCAUUGAUGAUGGAGAGCAGCUACAGCAACUUCGAGAAUAUCUCACUACAGUAGGAAAGGCCAAACUCGAUCCCAAAGGACCACCAGACGUAUCGGAAAAUCUUCUGGAUAUCUGUUCGCAGCUGACGGUUAUGGGCGCUUGUCCCCAUCCGGUCGAGGUCGAUUAUAUUCUGAACUCCAUCUGCUCACUCAUGGUACUGGUACCAGCCGAGCGGGCUCUGGAAGUGGUAUCAGCCUUUUGCAAAGCAAUAACACCAGCACAUUUCAAAGGUCUUGGAUGGAACAGCAAUGCUGGCCAUGCUGUGCAUGUUCUGUCAAAUUUAUUUCGAGGUUUCGCUGCGCAUCCAAAGAUUCAGGAAACUCUGUACCGCUCUUUGGUAGCUAUGUGCUCUGAAGCUCGUAUGAUCGGUGAACUGGAUUGCAGCACUGAAACUUUACAAAAGCAAUUCAAACAGUGGGGAACAUCGCUGGAGGGGCAGAGAGAUAUACUUCGCCUCGUACACGUUGGACUUCUUGAAGACCAAAAGGCUGAUCAAGCAGCCAAGGUUAUGAUUAUGCUGCUGGGGACGUACACCGAAAAGGAUGCUGCGCAAGCCCGUGAAGAUGCAAUCGAAUGCGUAAGAACAGCUGUUGUGGAUCCGAAGUCGUUCUCAUUUGAUCACCUGCAACGCCUGUGCGCUGUCAAAGCAUUGCAAAAGUCUGAUCCUUUGAUGUACUCUGCAUUGGAGUUAUUUAUAUCGGGAACGCUGAAGGAUUACCGGGCUUUUGUCAAAGCUCACCCAGAGUUUGUUGGGCAAAUGUUGAAGGUUGACGAAGCUGUUUUACUAAAGAAAAUCAGGCUUUUGACAUUGAUGACCAUCGCAGAAACUAAUAAUGUAAUUCAUCUCGAUGAUCUUGCCAAGGAGUUGGAUUUGCCAUCGAACGAUCAGUUAGAGGAGUUCAUAAUCGAUGCUAUACAAGUUAACGCAAUUUCGGGAAAGCUCAAUGAAAUCACCCGUACGUUAGUUGUGAGUUCAUUCCAACAUCGACAAUUUGGCCGUGAACAAUGGCAAACGCUUCAGAAACGGUUGCAGACGUUGGUAAACAACCUAAAGCAAUCGCAUGCCAACAUACACAACAUUAACCAACAUGUUGAGAACCUUCCAUAGCCUAUCCAAUAUUAUCCUGUGUUUACGUACGCCACGUUGCUUUUUCGAGUUUAGCUAAUAUUUUUUUGAUGUUUGAUAUCUGUCUUAAGUCUCAUACUGUUUUUCGAAGGACUUUGCAAAAUAGAGAAUGUGUUUAGCUUCCGGUUUCUUGAUUCUGGUUACAACUUUGUUGGAACUUUCUUGUUGGUUGUUGAAUGAAGUAUAAGUAUAAACAUCUCCCGAGAGCAGUAUUGCU